AUGAUGCGAUCGCCUCUCCUCCUCCUCCUCCUCCUCCUCCUCCUUGACCCUGCACAUGCUUCCAGUCACGAAGAGCCUGUCCACCAUCCGUCCAGCAAGGGGCUUCACGGCUCCUUCCACAUCGCUCCCGAUUUCAAGAAGCUGGCCGACACAAUCGCACAAAACAUGAUGGCGGCGAAGCGAGCUCUCCAGCUCCACAAGCUCCAAGAUGCUGGCAAGCCGCAGACAGGCAGCUCUGUCCGUCAAUCUACAUCCUGUCCAGACUCUACUCAGGUCAUCGCGAACUGCAGCUUAGAGUACUCCAGCAUGUACAGCCCAAGUGCCGACAUGGCAAGCAUUUGUCAAUCGAGCAGCACCUGCGUCAGUCAGCUGCAGACGCUGUCGAGCAAGUACAAGAGCACAGCCGGAUGCUCGACCGACUAUCAGGCUCAGAGUGUCCAGGCCUGGCUGUUACAGAUCAAAUAUGGCUGUGUGAAAGACGGAAGUAAGUACUGCGCGACCACAUGGGCGAGCGCUACCGAUUUGUCGUACAAGGAUCUGUGCAGCUCUGCGUGCUUCAGCCAGUACAGGACCAUAUACCAAGAAGUGUACGGGGCCUCUGAAGCCGAGUACCUCAACAUGGUGUGCCAGAAGGACUCCAAAGGCAACUACUGCAUGGACACGAUGACGUCGUCAGAGACAGCAAUGUCCGGCAGCAUGAUAUGCUCUGAGUGCGGCGCGCUGGUACGGCCUGUCGGAUCAGGAGGCAGAGAAGCUUGCGGGCUGACAACGUGCGACAGAUGA